GCGGAUGCAAUCCUGCCCAAGGUGUCGACCUCCAGAGAGUGGACGAAAAUUACGUACAAAUCUCAGACAUCAUGCUCAAGUAUUGGUUAAUUGUCUUUAUAAUAAUCAAGGCGGACUGUGUGAUUGACCGAUUCCCAAGGCUGACCAAGUGCAUCAACCGAGAACACCCAAACAAAGAAGAGAUAGAUUCAUUUAAAAGAAAAGAAAUUCCAAAAACUGAAGCUGGAAAGUGCUUACUGGCGUGUUAUUUAGAAUCUCGCGGAUUGCUGACGUCUUCAGGCCGUUUUAGUCCUCAGGGUGCAUCAAGACUAGCGGCAAAUGUAUACCCAGGCAACAUAGUUAAGACAGGGCAUGCAAGGCACAUACUCUCUCACUGCGGAGCCGUUGUGAAAAGCGAAAAUAACAGUUGCGAGCUGGCAACGAAGUUGGCUCACUGCACCACCACUCUCAGUGAACAGUUCAAACUUUGACUACUAAUCAUAUAAUUUGUAAAUUAAAUAUUAA